AAGAAAACCUCCAUCUGGCAUCCACUUUCCUGCCUGGUCCCCCGAGUAGCUUUUACUUGCUGCAAGCAACCAAGUUGAAGAUGUUACCGUGAUGUGAAAGGAAGAUGGCAUCAGUGAGUGCUUCAGGUGCUUUGAGCGUCAAUAAAGAGCACUGUGGAACCGGUUCCCCAUGUAAGACUGGAAGCGGUGGCGCAUCUCCCUCCAUCAGAGAGGAUGCAGCAAUACUUUGAACUGUACCCAUUCAGGCUACCUGCUUGUAGACAUCAUUUUUCCUAGUAAAAUGAACAAAGAAUUUGAUUGCUUUGGUCAAGUUCAUGUGGUUUUCAAGCUGGCCUAAAGCAAAAAGAACCUGAAGUUGACCAUGAACCUGACCGUGGCGAUCAACAGCUCCACACUGUAACUCUUCACUAUGAAUGAAAACCUACUCCAGAGUGACUGCUUGGACCAGCAGGAGAAUUGGUUGCCAGCCGCCUUGGCUGGAAUUGGGAAGCAGCAAGGAGGUGGCCAGGAGCAGCCAGACGGCCCCCACAAAGACGAGACCGAAACCUUCUGCGGUGGUAGCGCUGAAAGCAGUUUGAGUGGACAUGAGCUCAGCGAACUGGAGUCCAGCGGGCACAGUUCCCCUGGCCUUGAACCCAAUGGCCACUCAGUCCGAAAUUCCAGCGGAGAGGACCGAUUCGAGGGGGGCGGCAGCACUAACCGCAGGCCGUCGCACGAGGACCAAAGCAAUGAGAAACUCACGAUGGUGAUCCGGGAAAUGAAACAGUACCUCCCUGUUGAGAAAGUGGAGAGUUGUGGCAAGGCCAGCACCCUCAGCACCCUGAACUAUGCCCUGAAGUGCAUCCGGCAGAUCCGGACAAAGAGCAAGGCUUUUGGGGCUUUGGGUGAACCUGGAGGAUGUUGGGCAGGUGCCCGUGUGCACAGCGUCAAGGAGCUGGCAGCAGUCACAUCUGAGCAUGCUCCAAAAAACACAGACACCUUUGUGGCUGUUUUUUCCUUGCUGUCUGGGCAAGUGGUGCAUAUCUCCAAGCAAGCGGCCUCCGUUCUGAAAUGCAAGAAGAAAUCCUUGGGCUCCUUCUGCUUUGCAGAACUGUUGGCGCCUCAAGACUUGGGCGUCUUUUACACUCACACCAACCAGUCCCAUCUGCCACUUUGGAACAUGGAAACCCAAACAGCAUCCCUCUACGAGUGUGCCCAUGUGAAGUCCUUCUUCUGCAGGCUCAGGGGAGGCAAGGACCAAGGCCAAGAGAAGCACUUCCACCCGUUCCAGAUUACCCCGUAUUUGGUCCACGUCUGUGACUCUGACCCCAACAAGGCAGAGCCUUGCUGCCUGGCUCUGGCUGAAAAAGUGUACUCAGGAUAUGAAGCUCCUCGAAUUCCUGCGGAAAAAAGGAUCUUCACCACCACUCACACCCCGGGCUGUGCCUUCCUGGAGAUAGACGACAGGGCCGUGCCUCUGCUGGGAUACCUGCCCCAGGAGCUGAUUGGCAUGUCCAUCUUGGCGCAUCUUCACCCGGAAGAUCAGCCACUCAUGGUUGCUGUCCACCAAAAGGUCCUGAGGUUCGCAGGCCGCCCUCCCUUUGAACACGCACCCAUCCAAUUUUGUACUCGGAACGGGGACUAUGUCGUCCUGGAUACCAGCUGGUCCAGCUUCGUGAAUCCCUGGAGCAGGAAGGUUGUCUUCAUCGUAGGACGGCACAAAGUUAGAACGAGCCCUCUGAAUGAAGACGUCUUUGUGGUGGGAAGCCAAGAGACGAACCGUGUUGACAAAGAGACCUGGGCACUGCAAGGACAGAUCUAUAAGCUGCUUCUGCAGCCAGUUCAUAGCAAAGGCUCUAGCGGUUAUGGCAGCCUCGUUAGCAGUGGAUCUUACGAACAUUACAUCAGUGUCACCUCUUCCAGUGACUCCAGUGGAAACUGUGUGGAGGAAAUGCCGAAGGAGCCGAUGACCCGCCAGCAGGUCUUUGUGGAUGUCAACCGGCUCAAGAACGUGGGUCAGCAGCUGUACAUUGAGUCACACAGCAAGCAGCACACGGCCUCCAGGUUGCCCCACGCCACGAAGAACAGCCGCCGCAGCAGCGCUGGGGAGCCCCCGGCAGCACCCUCCUUCCAGGGCUCCGUGAGCAGCAGCAGGCGCCGCCACCUCCUCUCCUAUCAGCAGAUUAACUGCACGGACAGUGUUCUCAGAUACCUGGAGAGCUGCAACGUUCCUGCAUUGAGACGGAAGUGUGAGUCUUCUGUCCACAUGUCAUCCUCGGAAGAGGAAGAUGAGAAGCCAGCCCUGCUCAGCCAGGAUGUGGUGCAGAUCUUGGGAGAAGCGACUGCACUGGAAAAGGCCCCCUUGCCGAGUGAGCAAGUGGAUCUGCUCCACGCCAGUGAGCCAAGCGCUGCCCCGGAGGAGGAGAUCCAGCUGGUGGGCCUGACCAAGGAGGUCUUGUCAGCACAUACACAGAAGGAGGAGCAGAACUACGUGGACCGCUUCCGCUAGAGGUUGCUGCUGUCCUCAUACCGGCCGUACCUACAGCACGCCGGGGCCGGAAGCAACCACUACCUUUCCCAGGAGCGAGGAGACUUCCCUUCCCAAGGGACCAGCCCAGCAAGCUCGAAAAGGAACGGCAAGCAGGAAGGAUUUCAGCUCCAGAAACAGCCGGCCUCGUCAGGUGGCUACGGCAACGCCCAAGCUGGCAGCUGCAAGGCUUGGAUGAAAGAGGAGGUGCUGAAAGAGGACCUGGAGAAGCUGGCUGACAUGGAAGGGAAGCAGCCCCAUUUCACGGAGGGGCAGCGGCGGGAACUGGCCGAAGUCCACCCCUGGAUCCGCACCCAGACCAUUCCCCAAGAAAUCAACACCCAGGGCUGCAUCACCUGUGAGAGCAGGAGAGCCAGCUGCGGGGUGGCAUCGCCCGACGCCAGAGACCCACCGGAGGAGGAGCAGGACGGAGACCCUCCCCUCCCCAGGCACCAGACUAGCGAGACGGGCCCCUGGUGCUUUUGGCCCUGCCGGUCUGGACCCCCAGGCCUUUCCCUCUAG